UGUGAGCCAACAGCAGAAGUCAUGCAUAUGUAUGCACAGUAGUUCUUUACACAAAGGCAGCAGCCUCUCAUUCUGCCAUGAUAUUCAAAAUCAGAACAUUUAUGCAAAAGAUCUGGAUUUUCUUUGAAGCAUGCUUCUUUACUGCUGUUGGUAAAAUCUGCUUGAUCUUAUUCCCAGCUACUGUAAAGAAAUAUAUACUGAAACAGGGGAAAAACAGCAGUAUAACAAGGAACCCCAAUUUCAUCUAUGAGAACUGGGGUCCAACUUUCUUCAGUUUCCAGUACUUACUCUUCAUCUUGAAAGUCAGAUGGCAAAGGCUGGAAGAUGAAGCAUCUCAAGGCUGUCCUGCUCCCAACACCUCUGUGGUAGAUUUUGGAGGAGAAAUUCAUCACAUCCUGGAUUUCAUGCAAGAGAACAGGCCUUUGGUCCUGGCAUUUGGAAGCUGUACCUGACCUUCAUUUAUGUUCAAAUUUGGCAAAUUCAAGAAGCUUGUAGAAGACUUCCAAUUUGCUGCAGAUUUCCUUAUAAUCUACAUUGAAGAAGCUCAUUCCUCAGACGGCUGGGCUUUUAAGAACAAUAUUGUUGUUCAAAAUCACCGAACACUCCAAGAUCGUAUACAGGCUGCACAAAUCCUAAUGAAAGAGCAUCCCUUGUGUCCAGUGGUUGUAGAUACUAUGGAAAACCAAAGCAGUUCCAAGUAUGCAGCUCUGCCAGAAAGGCUUUAUGUCCUUCAAAAAGGAAAGGUUGUUUAUAAGGGUGGAGUGGGACCUUGGAAUUAUUGUCCACAAGAAGUACUUGAAGUUUUGGAAAAACUACUUUAAAGCUGUAAAAUAGCCGUAGUAGCAAUCCCAUAU